AGUUAAUGUGUAAAGGGCCUUUUUACUGCACGUUUACUCAAGGGCGUUACCUGCAUGCUUUUAACCAGGUGUGAAGGCAAACAUCGAAGUGGGUGGUUAACUCUUCAUAAAAUAGCCACGCGUACCGUUUUACGUCGCUCCUCAGGUAGUCUUAGACUUCCUUUGCUUGGGAGGUCUUCCUAACUUGUAGAAGACUGUCUUGAAACGCACAAGAUGGCCAAGAAGACGACUUGUAUCUCGCAAUUCUGCACUGCGAUAAAGGCGCUUGUGACGAGACUUCUGUUCGUAGCGCACGGACUGGUGUGUAUAUGGCGGGCCACCGUGAGUUUCCCCGGGAACUCCAUGCUGUGGUUCCUGAUGAUCCCCGUCGUGUUGCUGUUCGUGGAGACCAUGGUCACUCUGGUGUACAACAAGGGCAAGGAGUGGGGAUGGUUCUGCCCUAGUGUGUUCCUGUACCUGUUCUGCACGGUGCCGUCCAUCUGGUUUAUGGAGUUCUCGGAGCAGGACCGGCGGCUGGAGUCCAUGUCCUCCGCCCGAGCAGCCUGCCUCAACGCCACGGCGAACUCCACUCUAGAUGAUGACGAGCUGGUCGUCUCGCUUCAGUCUAUUGGACUGGACCUAACGCUAACCAUUGACAGCAGUACCUGGGUGUUGGGCCUAGAGCAGGCGCUAGUUUUCCUCCUGAUUCUGGGACGCUGGCUUCUUCCAACUAACCUGAAGGACGACCAACUCUCCCAGCUCCUCCUCUCCUACAUCGGUAUGGCUGCUGACAUCUUGGAGCUCCUCGAAGUCUUCGAGGAGCCCAAGGUGAUUCGGAACCCUGUCUUGACCUUCGUGGUGCUGAUGAUCUUCUCCUUGAGUCUUCUCCAGUUCACCGUGGUGUUCACGGCACUCCCCGAUCACGCGCCGAGCUGCUCCGUCACCUGCCCACCCGGCACGGACUGCCGCGGGCUCCGUUGCUGUAACCCGGAGAUCUUCAAUAUCUACACGACCAUCAUCCUACAGGACGGAGCGUUCUUCGCCGUGAGAGUGUAUCUGUUCUUCGUUGAGAGGGUCUUCAGCCAGGGAUUGCUGUUUUUCGCCGGGAAGAAUAUGCUUGUUAUAAUGCUGGACAUCUAUCGUAUAAAAGCAUUGUUCACUAACGAUGAUGAGGAAGAGGAUAAGGGUGAACAAGAGUUACAGGACACGGUUACAACAGAGGCUAUUACUGUAGGUGGGGUGGACAAUCAAGGGUACACCAAAGAGGCACCGUGAUACACAUGUUUUGAAAUGGUGUUGAUGUUUUGUGAAUGCCUGUUUUGGUGUCAUUUAUUUUGAUGAUGAGCAAAAAUGUAAAGGGUUUGAGAUAUAUUCAUUCUGCUCAACGUAUGAUAAUCAAGUCAGGUUGUUGUCUAACAUUAAGUGUAGCUUGUACUAAGAUCUGUGUAUUUUAUAAUAGUAGAUGAAAAUGGCAUAUGAUACAAAAAUGCCAAGAAUUUACAUGAAUGUGAAUAUUCUUUAUUUUAAUGUAAUAACGUUUCAAAUACACCUUCUGUAUAUUUUACGGAAAGCUAUGUAGUGGUAAAAUACAUAGAAAAUACAAAAGACAAAAUAAAUCAUGAUAGUUUUCCCAUCCAGUUUAAUGCCAGUUCAUGCCUCAUCUACAUCAACAAAUUCAUGAACAUUGGUAAGAAAUUCAAUCAACUAUGUUUGGAGCGUAUCUUGUCUUAUUUUGAAGUUUCCCACGUACUUGAAGGCUUAUUUACAACUAACAAAAAUGCGAAACCAGUUCAGGUCUAUUACAGCCUAUAUUGUAGCUAUACUAUAGCUACUACUUCUAUCUUUUUUCAUAUUCUGGUUGAAAUCUGACUACCCUUAUCAUAUUUAUAAUAAUUACAUUCAGGCACACUAAGGCACCGUGCAUAUAUUGUCAUCCUAAUUGUACCUUUUGUAUGUAUCCAUAACAAGCAUUGUUACUGACAUGAUAGAUAUAUGAACAUUUUGUUAUAUGACUAUGUAGUGUUUGCCUCAUGUCGCUAUUUGGAUGUACAAAACAUAUUCACAAAUCUCUUAAUUCACAUAAAUUGUUAUUAGAUUCAUUGUUACGUGACUUUGACUUUAUUCAGGUUGUAAUAUGACAUUGACACUAAAGACAU